AUGUCGAAAUCGAGAAUCAUUCAACUGGCACAACUAAUCAGCUCUCAAACCUCUCUCAUCGACCAAAAUCUGCAAAAUAACAGCCUUCCUGAACCAUCAUUUGAUCAACAUGGCCCCACAGAACCAAUCCAGAACGAGACGCCAGAUAUUCGAAAAGCAAAGACAGAUGUAAUUGAAGCAACCAUUGAGCUGAGGCAAUUGCUCGAGGGGCCUAUGAAACUUGUUCUUCCUGAGUCCAAUUUCACCCCCCUCGUAGCUAUACACCGCUUCAAGAUCGCAUCUCACGUCCCCUUGAACUCCACCAUCUCUUUCAGCGACCUAGCCACCAAAUGCGGUCUGCUAGAACACGACCUCAAACGCAUAAUACGCUAUGCAGCCAUUCACCAUCGUGUCUUUACCGAGCCAACAAAGGGCUUGGUAGCGCAUACCGCUGCCUCACGACUCAUAGCCGAAAAUCCUGUUGCUGGUCAUCUCCUGGGUUUGACGUUUGAUGAGUGCUGGCCUGCUCAUAACCAUGCGAUUGAGGCAAUAUCCCAGCGCAGCACCUUAGCAAAUAUCUCAGGCUACGCAAUCGCCAACAACACCGGCCCCCUAAACACAUUCCAGUACCUGAGCAGACACAAAGAGCGCGCAACCCGCUUCGCGUUCGCGAUGGGAACGACGUCAAAGGCCAGUUUGGACGCGCUAAGUACUCAUUUCCCAUGGUCUGACCUUUCAAACACCAAAGAUGGUAGUAAUCUUGUUGUGGAUGUGGGUGGUUCAAAAGGCCACGUCUCCCUCCAUCUUGCGCGGCAAUACCCAGACCUGAAAUUCAUCGUGCAGGAUUUACCGGAAGUCAUCGACGGCGCUGCUGAUCACCUCCUAUCUCUCACUCAAGACUCUCAGGAUGAAAAAGAUGCAGCAGUCAAAGACAGAAUCGAGUUUGCGCCUCAUGACAUGUUCGAAGAACAACCCGUCAAAAACGCAGACAUCUAUCUGCUGCGCUACGUACUCCAUGAUUGGGGCGAUAAGUAUUGCAUUGAUAUUAUCAGAAACUUAAUUCCGGCGAUGAAACGAGGGGCGAGGAUUGUGGUUCAGGAUCAUGUUUUGCCGGAGCCGGGGACAAUGGGUUUGUUGCAGGAGAUGCAGAUGCGGUCUAUGGAUGCUAUAAUGAUGUCCCUGUUUAAUUCGAGGGAGCGCGAGGCGGAUGAAUGGAAGGAACUGUUUAAGCAGGCUGACCAGAGAUUUGGAGAUGUAAUAGUGAAUAGGAUUGGGCAGAAUGGGUCUAGUGGUGUUAUUUCUGCGGCGUGGUUGGGAUAG